AUGGACGUCGCCGUGCCACCUUCCAAGAUAUAUUGCUCGAUGAAACUGACGAACAACGUCAAGGUGUCCAUCUACGCCGCUAUCAGUUCCGAACCCUGUCUGAUGGAAAAUCGGAGCGUCGUCCAGCAACUCAGCGAACGACGUGCGUUGGUCUCGGCCGCUAGUAAACCAUUUUUCCUCUUUUUUUAGAUUUUUUUCGACUUUUGAAAAUAUUUUUUGAACAUUUCGAACUGCAAUAAGGUUAUAGUCGAUGUGCCACGACUUGAAAUUUCAUGGAACGACACUCCGAUGUUCUUGUGGUACUAGUGCGCGCUGUCGCGAAGCGCCUUGCCUUUGCGAAUUUCGGUCGCGCUUUCCAUUUUUUCUUUUUUUGAUAUUUUCACUUUUUUGACAAUGUUUUAAUUGUUUUUAUGGCCAAAAAACGGAACUAUUAUUGCUUUUGCACAGAAAAAUAGUCAAAAUUUCAAAUGGAAGAAAAAAUGGAAAGCGCGACCGAAAUUCGCAAAGGCGAGGCGCUUUCACGGCCACAAGGCCACCCAGCGGAGUUUCGUUCCAUGAAAUUUCAAGUCGUGGCACAUUGACUAUACUAGGAGAAUUGGAACGAAAAAUUGAUUAUUAGAGAUGAAAUUUCUACACUUUGAAAUAACUUUUCUAUAAUUUCAGAAGGCGUCUGGACAAUGAUACGAUCCUACGUGAAUAAGCGGCUCACCUCGGAAGGAUAUAUCAGAGGUUGGCUUUUUUUUUUGAUUUAGAAGAGCUCCAAAAAAGGAAUUUAGACAAAAACACGUGGCUUUGAAACAUUAUUCGUUUGGUCGAAAAUAGUCAAAAUUUCUUCUUCUUCUUCAAAAAAAAAGAAAACUUCUUUAAUCUCCUGUCGAAGUUUUGAUGAAACUUAGCUAGAAUUUACUUUAAAAAGUUCCACAAAAAGAAAAAAAUUUCUUGCCAAUGGUCUUGUUUCGAGUUAUAACGCGGCCUGUAACCCUUUUUCUUCGAAGUUUGAUAAUUCCUUAUAGAGGUCAAGGGGGUCCCUAUAGGGGUUUAUGGUCUGACCCCUUAGCCACUAAAGCUUAAGUGGUCCCUAUAGGGGUCUUUGAACUUCAUUUAAAAACGCUUGUUUAUUUAAUUUUUCGCAUGGAAAUGCUUCUUUGCCUACAGUACAUAAAAAUUAUCGAUUAGCAAGUCCCCUAUAAGGGCCACUAACUAAGAUCCCUAUAGGGAUUAUUUUUGCAAGGUUCAGUGGCCCCUUUAGGGGCUGGUAAAGUGGUCCCUGGAGGGAUCCCUCCAACAAUCUUUCAGGUAGCCCUUAUAGGGACCACUCUAGGGUUUUUAGCGGAUAUUGGCCAUUUUUAAGAACUUCAUAUCAGCUUUAAAAAAAAUCCUUUACUUCUGGAAAAAAAACAGGUUUAUUCCACCAAAUAAGGCCAGGAGCCGACAUUUCCAAAUGUUCAUGUUAUCAGAGAAAAGAAUCUGAAAAAUUGCAGAAGACCGCGCUCUGUUCUCCAUUCUGGGAGGCUUGACGCGUUUGGCCCCUGGGCAGACGCUCGAUUUUUUCGUCGCCGCCGAAGGGAUCGCCUAUGUGACCGUGAUCACCGACCAUCUUUACGGCGAAGCUUUGCGGACUUUCGUCAUCGCUGACGAUUUUCCAACGAGGCCUGGGACCAAUUUUGUCGUCGAGAAUUAUUGUCUGAAGAUUGUGAAUUCUUGA